CCAUCUGGUGGUGCCAUGACCCCUCCCGCCAUGCUGCCCUUCUGCUCCGCCGCGCCCACACCAUGCUCGCCCUUCUCCCCACCGACGUCCUCCGCCCAUCCCGGCGCGCGGGCGCUGCGGCGGGUAGAGACCAGCGCGCUCCGUUCCCACGCCGACCCGCUCCUCGCGCAGGCCGUGCCCGACCGCGCCGACUCCUCCAUCCUCUCCCCCUACGCCGCCACGCCCGACGACAUCGCGCGGGGCUUCUCCGCCGCCGCCGACCUCCCCACCUCCUCCGACACCAUCCUCUACCCGCACCUCACGCCCGUCUCCGCCGCCGCCGACGACGCGGUGCAGCGCGCCCUGCUGGACGCGCCGAUCCCGACCGCGUUCCCGGCCGACGCCAGCGAGGCCGAGGAGUCCUUCGCGCGGUUCGUCGACAACCUCAGCCGGCAGAUAUUCCAGGCGGAGGACAGGCUCACCGAGGGCUACGACCGGCUCCGGCUCUCCGCCUACGACGCGCUCGGGGCCUACAGGAGGGCGCUCAGGGGCGUCGCCGUCGACCUCAAAACAUCGCUCAGGGGCGUCACCGGUGACCCCCCCACGUCGUCCUCCGUGGGCGCCGCCAAGGAGCAGGCGACGGAUGUCUCCGGUGCGUUUCAGGAUAAGCUCGCCGGCGCUGGUGCCGUGGCGGCCGAUGUUCUUAGGAAGGCGAUUGUUCUAACCGAGGAUUCGGUGGGAACUGCAACCGCGUCCCUUGUAUACUACUACGGGUCGGCCAAAUCGUCGUUGCCGCCGAAUGUUAAAGGUUUGUUGAACUCGUCCGAGGAGAAAGCCAGUUUAGUGUUGAGACCAAUUGGAAGUGCACUUCAACAGGUGUACGUAAUCAUCGAAGGCGUUGAAAAGAAUGUUGGUCUGGACCCAAGUGACCCGAUUGUUCAGCUGGCGGUUCUGCUCGGCGGUUCAACAACAAUAGGGAUAUCGUACUGGCUCUUUGCGUACGGGGGCUAUUCUGGGGACUUGACACCUGAAUCGACGUUGGAGCUAUUGAAAAACGAUGGCAAAGCCGUACUUAUUGAUGUUCGGCCUGAGGACUUGAGGGUGAAAGAUGGAAUUCCUGACCUACGCCGUGCAGCUAGAUCUAAAUAUGCAAGCGUUGCUUCACCUGAGAUAAAUCGUCCAACCAAAAAUUUACUUAAAGGUGGAAGUGAUGUUGAUGAUGCUUUGAUUGCAGUUGUCAUUCGCAACUUAAAGUUGGUUAAGGGUGAUUCAAAGGUCAUAAUUAUGGAUGCUAACGGAACCCGAUCAAAGUCCAUUGCUAGGUUACUGAAGAAGCUUGGUGUGCAGCAACCAUACCUGGUUAAAGGUGGUUUCCAAUCUUGGGCAAAGAACCUUCGUGUGAAAGAACUGAAGCCUGAGACUGUAUUAACAGCACUAAAUGAGGAUGCUGAGGAAAUCUUUGAAGGCAUAAAGCCCACCCCGACAUUUGUUGUUGGAUCUCUUCUGGGCCUCUCAGCUGCGACUUAUGCUUUGCUAGAAUGGGAGACGACUUUGCAGUAUGUCGGUGUAUUAAGUCUUGGGCUGACUAUCUACGUGCGGUUCUCUUCAUACGAGGGUUCCGAGGAUUUCCAGCAAGACCUAAAGCUUUUGUUCUCCCCAGUCAGAGUAGGCGCUGAAGCGUUAUCUUGGGCUGCUAAGAAGCUAGAACCGAGCAAGAUUGGCCUGGCAACGUCCCCCUCCACCACAGCGGUCCAGGACCGGGUUCUCCAAGCAGCGGCGAAGCACGAAUCGAAGCCAUCUGAUGCGGAGGAGUCGUCUGCCAAGGCAGACAGUUUUGCCUCCGAAGCAUGAGCCGAGUGCAUGGACUCGAUCAGUAGCCACUUCGCCGUCAGUUUGGUGAAUUGAUGUUCUCGAUGUAAGUAAUUGAUAUGGUACCUUGAGCCGCCAUGAUGAAGGCUGGCACUGUAAAUUUAUAAGCAGCAGUUUAUAUACUUUAAUGGAACACUUGUUAGAAGGAGUUACCGAUGUUCAAUCUGUUGAUUUAGCACCAGGCCUAUUUUGCACUCAAUAUAAUGACCCGUGCCAACCGUUUCAGCUGUGAUCCA